AUGACCAUCGACAUCGACGUAUCCCGCGAGCAGAGUGUCGCUACAACCUCCUCAACGAGCAGUCAACUUGGACAACCAGUCUCAUCGACGAAUACUGCUCAGAUCGAUGACUUCGCUCAGCAAGACGCUCUGUUAGCCAAUCCAGGCUUCUCCAUGAUCUCUUCAGUCCAAGACUCUCCGAUACUGCUCAUCCUGAUCGGCCUACCAGGCUCGGGCAAAACCACUUUUUCAGAAGCGCUCGUCUCGCAUUCUCAGUCGACUGGUGAAUAUCGAAAAUGGGUCAGAGCCUCUCAAGAUGAUGCUCUCAAUAGACGAAGGCAAGAAUGCGAAGCGGUAGUGAGACAAGCUCUGCGAGAGGGGCAUAACGUAGUAGUAGACAGAGUAGAUUUCGAUCCCAUUCAACGAAGUCAUUUCAUGAAUAUAGCAUAUUCGAUCCAUCCUCGACCUACGAUAUACGCUCUGACUCUUUCCGUCUCACAGUCAACACUUGAAAGGAGACUAGAAUACCGACCUGAUCAUCCUACUAUACCUGAUCUCGAGACUGGUCUGAGGGUGUUGCGACAGAUGAGAAGCCAGUAUAGACCGCCUAUACCCACCGAAGCAGAGGGGUUUGAUAGAGUGUACGAAUUGCCGGAGCAAGACCAACCUAUUGAUGGGAUUUGGACGAGGGAUAGGAUAGAAGAGGUUUUGAAACAGGUUGAAAAUGAGGGAGUGAGGGAAAUAGGAGAAAGGAAAAUAUUCAAGUCUGAGAAUGGAAGUGGGGGAUAUCAGAAUCACAAUCGCGGAUAUCAGUCUGGGUUUACAAGGGGAGGAGGAAGGGGAAGAGUUGAUGUAGAACGGAACCGAGGAAGGGGUGGUAGAGGGAAUUUCGGAUACUCAAGAGGUGCAUAUGGGAACGGAAAUGGAUACAGUGAUGGGUAUGUUCAAAAUAGAAAUGAACAUUUGACGUGGAAUCGAGGCACAUAUACAAACAACCCGACAUAUAGAGGAAGAGGAUAUAACGGGGUAUAUCAAGGUCUACCUCAUCAAUCAUAUCCUCAAGCUCAAUCUCCGCUGUAUCAACCAUCAUAUCGCUCGUACAACGACGUACCAUCUAAUAUACGACCAAACCCGAAUUCACCACCAUGA